AUGAUAAAGUUUAAAGGAGGUUCCAUUUUGUUAUCACACAAUGCAUACUUUAAAUAUAACUUAUAUUUAAAAAAAAUAAGAUGUGUUUACAACAACAUAUACAGAAGGGAUGUGAAUACAUUAAAUAAUUUUAUAGACAUUUUAAGUUUUAGAAAUGACGAAGAUGAUGAUAUUGAAUAUAAAAAAGUUGAAGAUCUUAGUAAAUAUAUAGAAGUUAUAAAAAUGAAUAAAAGUUCUAUGAAUGAAACAAAAUAUUAUGGAUAUAAUUUUAAAGAUGAAAAUAAUUUUUUAGAUGAACAUGGUAAUAUAAAAGAAUAUAUAAAUAAUGAAAAUAAAAAAUUAUUAGAUAAAAAUUAUGAAAAAGAAUAUAUACAUAUUCCACCAUUUGUAUUAACAAAGUUAUGUGAAUAUGCUUUUAAAGAAAUAUUAUUUUUUUUGAAUAAAAAACAUUUAAAACAAUUACAAAAUAUUUUACAAGAUAAAGAAUCAAGUAAAAAUGAUAAAUAUGUUGCUAUGACAUUAAUAAAAAAUGCAAUCAUAAGUUCUGAACAAAAAUUACCAGGAUGUCAAGAUACUGGAACUGCUAUCAUUUUAGGAAAAAAAGAUGAAGAUAUAUUAACCACAUAUGAACAUAAAUAUCUUACCCUAGGUGUAUAUAAUGCUUAUAAAUAUAAUAAUUUUCGUUAUAGUCAAUUGUCACCAUUAAAUAUGUUUAAUGAAAUAAACACAAAUAAUAAUUUACCUUGUCAAAUUGAAAUAUAUACAAAUAUUAAAAAAGAAAAAUCACAACAAAAUCAACAAAAUCAACAAAAUCAUCAAAAUCAACAAAAUCAACAAAAUCAUCAAAAUCAACAAAAUCAUCAAAAUCAUCAAAAUCAACAAAAUCAACAUCUUAACCUUGUCGAAGAUAUUCAAAAUAAUAAAAAUGUAAAACAUAUUAAUCAUAUAUCAACAAAGAAACCAAAUAAUGAACAUCUUUAUCAUGGUCCUAAAUAUGAACUUAUUUUUAUAGCUAAAGGAGGUGGAAGUGCAAACAAAACUUUUUUAUUUCAACAAACCAAAAGUAUAUUAAAUGAAGAAAAUCUAUAUAAUUUCCUAUUAGAGAAAAUUAAAGAAAUAGGUACUUCUGCAUGCCCACCAUAUCAUCUAGCAAUUGUUAUCGGUGGUUUGUCAGCUGAAAUGAAUUUAAAAAUGGUCAAGUUAGCCUCAUGUAGAUAUUUAGAUAAUUUGAAAACAGAAGGAGGAAUUUAUGGAAAUGCUUUUAGAGAUAUACAAAGUGAAAAAAUUAUUUUACAAAAAACUCAAAGUUUAGGUAUUGGUGCACAAUUUGGUGGAAAAUAUUUUGUACAUGAUGUUAGAGUUAUUAGAUUACCUAGACAUUCUGCUUCUUGCCCUAUAGGUAUAGGUGUUUCAUGCUCAGCUGAUAGACAAAUAAAAUGUUUUAUUAAUAAAAAUGGUGUUUUUAUGCAAAAGCUAGAACAUGAACCAAUCAAAUAUUUACCUGAAAUUACUUUUAAAGAUCUAAACCAAGAAAACGCUGUUAAAAUUAAUUUAAAUCAAAAUAUGGAACAAACAUUAAAAACAUUAUCUCAAUAUCCAACCUCUACAUUAGUACUCUUAACAGGUAAACUAGUUGUUGCUAGAGAUACUGCACAUAAAAGAAUUGUAGAUCAAUUUAUUAAUGAUAAUGUUCCUAUUCCUGAAUAUUUUAAAAAAUAUCCUAUUUAUUAUGCUGGACCAGCUAAAACACCUGAUAAUUACCCAAGUGGAUCCUUUGGACCAACCACAGCUGGACGAAUGGAUGCCUACGCAGAAAUUUUAAUGAAAAACAACGCAUCACUUAUAUCACUAGCAAAAGGUAAUAGAUCCUCUAUUGUUAGAAAUGCUUGUAAAAAAUAUAAUGGAUUUUAUUUGGGCAGUAUAGGAGGACCAGGGGCCAUUUUAGCUAAAAAUAAUAUCAAAAAUGUGAAGGUCAUUGAUUUUAAGGACUUGGGCAUGGAAGCUGUUCAUUUAAUUGACGUUGUUGACUUUCCUGCAUUUAUUGUGAUAGAUAACAAAGGCAAUGAUUUUUAUAAUCAAUGGUUACCAUCAUAA